GUCUAAAAUGAUAGUUUUUAAGACGCGCAACCAAUGUUCUGCUCCUCUGUGUUUUUUCAAGAAACGGAAAACGGUUUUGGGGUUCUACUUCUCUUUUAACGACCCAACUCACGUGGCUGGGGUAUCGACGGACUUUGAGGAAGGGAAGGAGACGCUCUGUGUACGGAUUUGAAAAGAGUGGAGGGAGUGGACGCUCCAACUAACCCUAGUUCAUUCUGACGGAGAAAGCCACACCCAAGAAGCAUGGUUGCAAGGCCUCUUUACGUCCAGUAUACCAUGGUUUUCCUUAACUGCUCUAGGCUUGGGAAGACCAGAAAACAUCCAGAGGCAUUUGAUUCAAGCAAAUGGGAGCUUGGAUAAAACUGAAAGAAUGGGGACUGUAGUAGCAUCAAUUGCAUCUGGACAAAAAUCCGCUAUAACUUCUCAUGCACAUCAAUCCUUGAACUGCAACAAAAAGGAAGAAGCACAGAAGGGGACUGUUUCUUUCUCUGAGAAAGCCAUCACCCAUAUUAUGUUUGACAUGGACGGGCUCUUAUUGGACACAGAGAGGUCUUACACCAUUGUCCAAGAAAGAAUCCUGUCAAGAUAUGGAAAACGUUUUGAGAUGUCAUUGAAGUCAAAAUUGAUGGGAUUGAAGGCAACAGAAGCUGCUCAAAUUUUUGUCCAAGAAACAGGACUAGAUGGCAUUCUCUCUCCUGAGGAGUUUCUUAAAGAAAGAGAGGAAAUGCUUCAAAGCUUAUUUUUGAACUGUGAGCUGAUGCCAGGGCCAGCCAAGUGCCACAGAGCACUCUCCUGCCAUGGGACAGAAAUCAUUGUUGCUUCUGCCAAGUGCAUGCUACUACAACUUUUUACAGUAAACCAGAGAGUGAGCCGUUUGAUCAGUCAUCUUCAUACUCAUGGCGUACCUAUGUGUGUGGCAACAAGUUCUCACAGACGACAUUUUGAGUUGAAGACAACAAAGCAUAAGGAAAAGAUCUCCAUGAUGCAUCAUGUGGUUUGUGGUGAUGAUCCGGGAAUUAAACAAGGAAAGCCAUCUCCAGAUAUAUUUCUCCUGGCAGCUCAAAAAUUUAAGGGUGCUCCUAUUGAUCAGGAUAGAAUUUUGGUAUUUGAAGAUGCACCUUCUGGAGUGGCUGCUGCUAAGAAUGCUGGAAUGUGGGUAGUGAUGGUUCCGGACCCCAAUUUAGACACUUCCUUGUACAAAGGUGCAGACCAGGUUCUUACUUCCCUGUUAGAGUUCAAGCCAAGCGACUGGGGGCUGCCACCAUUCAGGGAUAGUUUAAUCUCAAAAUAUUAGAAGUCUGUGUAGUGAGCACAGGAGACUUUACUGGUGGUAGUCAAGGUACAGUUACUUGAUUACACGGUACUCUUUAGCAUCUCCAUGCAUUGAUUUUGGUCCAAGAACCUUUUGGAGCCAAUUACCGAAAGCCCUGAUGAAACAAUUUGAUUAACACCAUUGGGUAACUUUCACCACUGAGAAUGUUUGGCAUCUUCUAUAUUUUUUUCCAAUACAUGUGGAUUGUGUUUCUACAA